ACAGAAAGUGGACUGAAUAAAGACAGCAGACGUCAAGAAGAAACGCAGGCGCCGGAAACAGUGAAGACAUGAGCACUGAAGGAAAUCAGAGCACGGGAGGAGAAGCAGCCGUGGACACAAAACCCAGCCGUCCUGGAUGGAAGCAAUUUCAGUGCCCUAUAGCUGAUCCACGCUUUCCCAGAGAAGAUGUGAAGCAGAUAUGGAUGGAAUGCCAGCAUGAUAGCUUCUGGUAUCGAGCUCUUCCUCUCUCUGCCGGCAGUGUGGCUGUGACUGGUGGUCUCAUAUACAGUGGUGUCUGGAAACAGUCCAAGCGAUUUGGGUAUUUCCCUAAACUGAUUUUGGCGGGUAUUGUGGGUUUUGCAGUAGGCAAAGCUUCUUAUAUCGGGACCUGCAGAGAGAAGUUCAACAACAAACUGGGACCAGAGUUCACAAAAGCUUUUGGCGGCCCUGGCUUUGGACCUGGUGGCUUUAGACCUGGGCAUAACCAUUGCAUCCAUGUUUGUGAAAAGUGCAAGCAACAAGAAGCACAGGCUGCAACAGUACCUGAUGCACCCACUCAGAGCUGAGGGUCUUGAGUUUCAGCAGGAAGCCACUUAUUAAAUCCAUGUAAUUUUUUUUUAUAAUAAAACAAACUGAUUAAAGACUGAA